AAAGAAGUCGCCUGCCUCUCUCUCUUCCUCCCCUUCCCAUUCCACAAGUCACUCUAGGUCACAUUCUCAUUUCCCGCCCGUCGCGGAUGACCUUUGAGAGAAAUGGAUGAGCUGUUCGACGUCUUCGAGGACCAGCCCCAGGCGGGCAAGCCGUCCACCGCGGCGCCCAAGCGACAGAAGAAGGACAAGAGCAAGAAGCGCCAAGUCAAUGGUGAUGUGAAGGCGGAGGACAACAAGUCGGCGGAGACCACAGAGAAUACCCCCAUGGACGAUGCCCCCGCCCCCGCCCCCGAACCCGCCGACGAAGAACUUCCCGAUGCCCCGGCUCCCGACACGCCCGAUGCGAAACGGCCGCGACUCGACAAAGAGCCCGAGCCGGUGGUAGCAGAUCUGUUUGAGACGGCGCAGGAGCGUGAGAUUGCGGGUUCGGCGGGCUUGCAGGCAUCCAAGGAACCGACCUCCGUCGUGCUGCAGCACCAGGUUCGACAUCAGGUUGCGAUUCCGCCCAACUAUCCCUAUGUGCCCAUCUCCGAACACAAGGCGCCCGAGAACCCGGCGAGGGUGUGGCCGUUCACCCUGGAUCCGUUCCAGCAGGUCUCCGUCGCAUCGAUCCAGCGCGAGGAGAGUGUGCUCGUGUCCGCCCAUACCAGUGCCGGAAAGACGGUGGUCGCCGAAUACGCAAUCGCACAGAGCUUGAGAAAUAACCAGAGAGUCAUCUAUACGAGUCCGAUCAAGGCAUUGAGUAACCAGAAAUACCGGGAGUUUGCCGCGGAGUUUGGGGAUGUUGGGUUGAUGACGGGAGAUGUUACGAUCAAUCCCACGGCUACGUGUUUGGUCAUGACCACGGAGAUUCUUCGGUCCAUGUUGUACCGCGGCUCGGAGAUCAUGCGCGAAGUUGCCUGGGUUGUUUUUGACGAAAUCCAUUACAUGCGCGAUGCGACGCGUGGUGUCGUCUGGGAGGAAACCAUUAUCCUCCUGCCCGAUAAGGUCCGAUACGUGUUUCUGUCUGCCACUAUCCCCAACGCCAUGCAGUUCGCGGAAUGGGUCACCAAAAUGCACAACCAACCCUGCCACGUCGUAUACACGGAUUUCCGACCGACGCCCCUGCAGCAUUAUUUUUUCCCCGCCGGCUCCGAGGGCAUGCAUCUUAUCGUUGACGAAAAAGGACAAUUCCGAGAGGAGAACUUCCAAAAGGCCAUGAGCACCAUUGCCGACAAGCAGGGUGAUGACCCGGCCGAUGCGAUGGCAAAGCGGAAAGGAAAGGGCAAAGACAAGAAGAUCAACAAGGGUGGCAAUCGGGGUCCGACGGACGUUUACAAGAUCGUCAAGAUGAUCAUGAUCAAAAACUACAACCCCGUCAUCGUCUUCAGUUUCAGCAAGCGCGAGUGCGAGAAGUGCGCCCUGGACAUGAAAAGCCUGGCUUUCAACGACGACUCCGAAAAGGAAAUGGUGUCCAAGGUGUUCGACAGUGCUAUUGAAAUGCUGUCUGAAGAAGAUCGCAACCUGCCCCAGAUCCAGAACCUUCUUCCCCUUCUCCGUAGGGGCAUCGGUGUUCACCACUCCGGUCUCCUCCCCAUUCUCAAGGAAACCAUCGAGAUUCUCUUCCAGGAAGGACUCAUCAAGGUUCUCUUUGCCACGGAGACAUUCUCCAUCGGUCUUAACAUGCCUGCCAAGACGGUCGUCUUCACCAGUGUGCGCAAGUUCGACGGGUUCAGUCAGCGCUGGGUGACCCCCUCGGAGUUCGUGCAGAUGUCGGGUCGUGCGGGGCGAAGAGGCCUGGAUGACCGAGGUAUCGUCAUCAUGAUGGUCGGCGAGGAGAUGGACCCGGCCGUGGCGAAGGAAAUCGUUCGGGGUGAACAGGAUCGGUUGAACUCGGCUUUCCACCUUGGGUACAACAUGAUUCUAAACCUCAUGCGUGUCGAGGGCAUCUCGCCCGAGUUCAUGCUGGAACGGUGUUUCUACCAGUUCCAAAACACCGCCGGUGUUGCAGCUCUGGAAAAAGAGCUGAAGCAAUUGGAGGACACGAGAGCCAACACGGAAAUCUCCGACGAGGGCACCAUCCGUGAAUAUUACGAUCUACGGAAACAGCUCGCGCAGUUCACCGACGACAUGCAAGCGGUCACCAGUCAUCCCAGCAACAGUCUCCCGUUCAUGGUCCCGGGACGAUUGGUGCACGUGCGGCACAUGAAACAGGAUUUCGGGUGGGGUGUGCUCGUGAAUUACAAAAAGCGCAAGGCACCCAAGGGCCCGAACAAGGAGGAGCUGGAAGAACACCAGAGUUACAUCCUGGACGUCUUACUAGUCAUUUCGGACGGAUCCGCGGCCCCGACCCAGACCUUUGAGGACCUCCCCAAGGGAGUGCUCCCUCCCCAGGAGGGACAGGAGACUCGGAUCGAAGUCGUCCCCAUGACGCUCGCCUGCGUGCAGUCCAUCGCGCAGAUCCGACUCCACCUCCCCAAGGACUUGAACAACAAGGACGCGCGCAACGGGGUGAAGAAGGCCCUGGCCGAGGCGAAGCGGCGAUUCCCUGAUGGGCUUGCCGUGUUGGACCCGAUCGAGGACAUGGGAAUUAAAGACGACAGCUUCAAGAAGCUACUCCGGAAAAUCGAGGUUCUCGAGUCCCGGCUCCUCGCGAACCCCCUGCAUAAUUCGCCCCGGUUACCGGAGCUCUACGACCAAUACGCGGGGAAAAUGGAGUUGGGGACCCGAAUCAAGGACACCAAGAAGAAGAUCUCCGAAGCCAUGUCGAUCAUGCAACUGGACGAGCUCAAAUGCCGCAAGCGGGUGCUCCGUCGAUUCGGCUUCAUCAACGAAGCCGAAGUGGUGCAGUUGAAGGCGCGCGUGGCGUGCGAGAUCAGCACGGGCGACGAACUGAUGCUCAGCGAACUGCUCUUCAACGGUUUCUUCAACCCCCUGACCCCCGAGCAGAUCGCCUCCGUCUUGAGCGUGUUUGUCUUCGAGGAGAAGACCAAGGAGACGCCCGCUCUGACCCGGGACGAGUUGGCCAAGCCCCUCAAGGAGAUCCAGGCCCAGGCCCGCAUUGUGGCCAAGGUUGCCCAGGAAUCCAAGCUGGCUGUCAACGAGGACGAGUACGUGCAGAGUUUCCACUGGGAGCUUAUGGAGGUGAUUUACGAGUGGGCGAAUGGGAAGUCGUUUGCCGAUAUCUGCCGCAUGACGGACGUAUACGAAGGCAGUCUGAUUCGUGUGUUCCGGAGACUGGAGGAGUGUAUGCGACAGAUGGCGCAGGCAUCCAAGGUGAUGGGCAGUGAGGAGCUGGAGGGUAAGUUCGAGACGGCGUUGACCAAGGUACGACGAGAUAUCGUCGCCGCCCAGUCGCUGUACCUGUAAGCUGGGGGGAUCUAUCUCUUCGUAUGAUUAUCUGUCCUGCCUUACUUUAGACCUACUUCGACUGUUGAGAAGUACUUGCACUCUGAUUCGCCGGAUGACGCCGUUGUCUUGGGUGGGCGCAUUUUCCCUGGCGUCGGGCGACCACGGGCUUCCUUUUUCAUUUCUUCUGUUUCGUUUUUAACUUUUCCCCAUGUAAUUAUUAUCUAGAAUUUGAGUCGGACAUGAUGAUGGAAGAGAAAUCGACUCCGGCGU